GAGUCUAUUAAAAGUACCUCUCUGUGCUGCCUGAUACAAUCAAUAUCGUACAUGUCAACAACUUCAGGCAUUUCCUUUCAACGUACCGUUCAUUCAUGGGCCUCGACACAUUUCUAAAUUCUCGAGUUGUGAUUCAUGGAACUCGCAGAAAAAAUAUACGUCUGGGAUGAUUUUUACGAUGGACUCACAAUUCUUGGGGUUACUGAGCAACGAGAUGAGGAGAUCAAGAGCAGAAAACGGAAAAAACAGUCGGUGCAUCAGUCCCAAAGCUACUGUCCCCACGCGUAUUUAUUCCUGAAUUUUUUGGAUAUACUGAAUCCUGGGGAAAAAAUAAAAUACCGGAAAUGCUAUCUCCGGAGGGUGACUCCUCCCGAGCCAGACGUGAUUAUCCUCCAGGACAUAAAGAAUCUCGCCCUUUUUUUGUUGACAACUCCCGUGAGUCUUCAGUUCAUAAAUUUUUUUCACCUGGAGGUGGUGGAUCGUUUCCUCCGGGCGCUUAUCAUUUACUUUCAAUUCUACACUACGAUUUGGGACGAGGAGAUCAUAAAGAAACGCGCAGCGACGAUGAAGAAAGCACCCAAUCCAAUGGCCGGAGGGGGCAGAAUAAAACGCGCCGAAGAAAUGAACAUUCUGCGAUGUGUACUUGCCAGGGAGUACUGCGAACUGGUCGUUGGAUCUGGUGCAAGUGCUAAGUACCAUCACAUGCUGGCAGGCACAUCAAUCCCUGGAAUGCAGUCUCAAGGUGAAAAAGACUUGAGGAUCUUCGAGGUCCUCAUCGGAAUUGCUCAUCGAAUUAUUUGGAUCGCUUUGAAAAGAAAACAUUUUACAUUGAUCGAGGUAGAACUUCAUCGAUUAUUCAGAACGGACGCCUACAACACAGCGGAUCGCAGGACAGGGGGAAUAAUUAAUAAAGGAAUGCUAGAGGAUGAGUUUCGGAUCCUCCACGGCCCCAAAAUGCCACCCAAAAGGAAAUUAUUGGUCAAUUCUCCACUUCCUCGACAGCUGAUCAGUGAAGUGUGUGAUUUUCGCGUCAUAUCAUUGGGGUUGAUUGCUUUCCAGUCGAGAGAUCCUAGAGUGAAUUAUCUGGAGAACGCUCUACUCGCGGAUGAAGAAGAUUUCCUGGAUCUUGGGAUUAAAAUGGGAAUCCUGGGGCACUCCAGGGAGGAUUACGAUAUAAUGCUAGUGCCUCUGGAGGAUGAGAAAAUUGUUGAGGAGGAAGAGGAGGACAAGUGGGAAAGGAGGAGAAGUGGUAUGUCAGAGCGUAUGAGAAAAAGCAGAACUCUAGAUAAAAAAGGUCUGAGCAUGCCGGACUUUGGUCCACAUCCAGAGAUUCUGGAGACUUAUCCAGCUUCAAAAAUCAGUGGAACAAGUGGCAAAAGGCGUGAAAUACGAAAUAACGCCAGGAAGAUGUGGAUUUUAAGAGAAAACGAGAGACAAAAUCGUACAUACUCAGACGCAGUAUCUAUAGCCACGACUAUUGAAAAUUAAUCCUGUCUUCAAUUGAGGAAUCUAGUUAUUAUUUAUCUAAUUGUCAUACAAAAAUCGAACAAUUAGGAGUUAAUGUUGAACGAGAUGAUCGGUAGGAAUCGGCAGGCUAGAGCAUCGUGUGAUAUUCAGCUUGGACGGGAUGAAUAUAAGAGAGCACUACUAGGCCAUGUAAAAAAUAUGCUUAUUAUAAUUAUUAUACUGACUAAUAAAAAAAUCAUGAUAAUAUGUUACAAGGGCGUACACAGAAUUGGGCAUUAUACGAUUAGAGAGGAGCAUUUUCAAUUGUUCUUAACCGAUUUUGUUCAUUCAAUAGUUAUAAACGAUAUCUUUUCAUCAUAAUUUUCAGUCGGUAUUUGGCUAUUGCAAAAAACGCAUGUGAAAUAUUAAAAAACCUGAGGGCUCCUACGCGCGUGAUUCAAUCCACACGCAGACUCGAGUGUAAAUUCUUUUAAUUUGUCUUUCACAAAUUCUCCACACUAUUCAUAGAAAUAAAUAUCUCAUAAUCCUCGACAUCUAAUUAUCGAUAAUUGUCGGAUGUCACGAGAAUUACAUUUUUACCGAUGAAAUUAUGUCAACAAUGAACACUCGAAUCUCUGAAAACACUACACGAACGUCCAUUGCGGUCGUAUAUUUUAUCCAUUAUAUUCUUCGUAUAAUUUACACAUAUUAAAUUGUUUUUUUUUUCAUUUGCAAGUAUUUACAAAGCGACAUUCAAACAAUCAGAGUUUGAAAUUAAGAGAAAGUAAAGAUUUUCUUUUUUUCUUUUUUUCAAAUGACAUUGACAUCUUUUAAGAGGUCUCCUGAGUAAAAAAAAACUGUCAUUUUCUCGGUGAAAUCUCAGUCAAGGAGAAAGGAAAUAUCUGUCAAAUGACUAACCAAUCGUUCAUUUCACAGGAACAGGAUCAAACGAAUUCCGGGAAAUUUCGGGUCAAUUCUUAAUGAUUGUUUAAAAAUGUUAACUGUCUCGUAUUUUACAAUAUUUAUUGGAAUUCAGUGGCGAAGAGGUAGAGGGUGUUGUCACCCUCAUAACAAGUUGACUUGUUAUCUUAUGCCUCUCACUACUGAAUUAUUCAUCCUCUCCUAGUUCCUACAAAAAUAAUAUAUCUACAAGCCAUCAUCCAGAAAUGUCUGUUCCUCUAUCAUGCAGAAAAGAUGUCAAGUUUUCGUCGUGUUUCACCAGUUUUUUUUUGCUCCCGAGGCCUUUUGCCUUGUUUAAUCUAGGAAAAAAAUGAAAAAAAAAAAAAAAAAA